AAUAAGAAGGUUUGACACUGUACUGCAAAGUUAAACCAUGCGGCAUUCACGAGGACGGCUACGUGUCACCAGUUAACAGGGUCGCUUGAUAAACCGUAACACCGGAUAUAGAGUGUUCUUGGACGACGUGUCGUUGAGGCAAUAUUUUCCCAAAUCGCUAAAAUGUAACAGCUGUUGGAAGUUUGGCCAUCGUCUGUUCGUGUGUAGGAGUGUUUUUGCCAUUAGUGAUACAUUUGGGGAGAAUGAAUGUGAAGGAGACUGUGAGAAAAAACCCCAAAGGGUCUUCUUUGCAAAGAGAAUCAUGCAACAUGGGAUCCUAACUGUCCAAAGAGAGUGAAUGAGACGUAAAUAGACAUGAGCACGAGGAAGUAGGAUAUGGUGCAAGACAAGGAGCUGAGGAGCUUCUUGAAGAAGGGCCAGCGCUGAGAUGGAAAUGCUGCUUCCCCCUCACGUGGGAGACAAGCUCUCAGUGGUUGACAUGCACACAGGCGGGGAGCCUUUACGGAUCAUCCGCAGCGGCUACCCAGAGGUCAAAGGUGACAGUGUGCUGUCCAAACGGCGUUAUGUCCGGGAACAUCUGGAUCACCUCAGGAGGGUGCUGAUGUACGAGCCGCGGGGACACUACGACAUGUACGGAGCCCUGGUGGUGAACAGCGAGAUGCCCGAGGCCGAUCUGGGGGUGCUGUUCAUGCACAACGAGGGGUACAGCACCAUGUGCGGACACGCCGUCAUUGCUCUGGGGCGCUACGCUGUGGACUACAAACUGGUGAAAGAACCACAGUCACCGGAGACUCAAGUGAACAUACACUGUCCCUGUGGGCUGGUGAAGGCCUUUGUCGAGUACUCUGAUGGUAAAACGGGGGGAGUGAGGUUUCUCAGCGUGCCUGCGUUUGUGUUUGCAACAGAUGUGACGGUGACGGUGGAAAGGUUUGGCGAUGUGACGGUUGAUAUCAGCUAUGGAGGAGCCUUCUACGCCUUUGUAGACGCCCAGAGGUUUGGCCUCAAUGUGACCAAGUCCAGGACUCGAGAUCUGGUAGACGCAGCCACAGCGGUGACCAACGCUGUCAAAUCUCAGGUGAAGUUACACCACCCAACCAGUGAUGAUCUGGCCUUCCUCUAUGGCACCAUCCUCACUGACGGCAAAGAUGAUUAUUCCUCCGAUCCCACCGCCAAUAUCUGCGUGUUUGCUGAAGCUCAGGUGGACCGGAGCCCCACUGGUUCUGGUGUUACUGCCCGAGUGGCCCUUCAGUAUCACAAAGGUCUCAUCCAGCUGAACCAGACCAGGACGUUUCAGAGCGGAGCCACUGGAUCCCAGUUCACAGGGAAAGCUGUUGAGGAGACCACGUAUGGAGACUUCAGGGCUGUAGUGGUGGAGGUUGCCGGCAGAGCUUUUUACACCGGAGUCUCGUGCUUUGUGCAGGAGCCAGAUGACGAGCUGGCUCAGGGUUUUCUACUGAAGUGAGCCUCAAUUACAGGUUGUCAUCAAACAUGGUUAUACAUUAAAAAAAGUGUUUGAAA